AUGGGUGUGCGUGGUUUAACAACGUUUAUUGCAUCCAAAGCGGAGAUUUUCCUGAAACCAUACGAGCUCCACGACACAAACUUAGUGAUCGAUGGGGAUAACUUAUGCAUUCAGCUAUUUAAAAAGAGUCAGCUCACAUCGACCCCACUGGGAGGCAACUACGACCUGUACCAUCGGAUUGUGUUGGAUUUUUUCCAUAUACUCAGCAUGUGCAACGUAGUGCCGUACGUACUUCUGGACGGUGGUUACGAGGCACGGAAAAUGUACACCGUGAAAGAUCGUUUACUUCAAAGCACUCGCUUCAUGAAGACCAUGAACCAUGGAGCGAUCACGAGCACAAAGCCUUUGAUGCUACGGGAGGUAUUUGUCGAUGCCCUACGGUGCGCCGGAGUAAGCUUUAUGCGGUGUCCGUUCGAAGCAGACGACGAGGUAGCUAUCCUAGCGCGUAAACUCAACUGUCCCGUCAUGAGCUAUGAUUCGGAUUUUUACAUUCACAACGUGCAGUACAUACCGUACGUGACCAUGACGCACAAGGUGUACCGCAAAGUGACCGAUAAGGAAGGGGAAAACUUUGAAAUUGGCAUCGUCGAGUGGAACCGGUCGAAAUCCAGUGCAAAGAAAAUGGAGCGAGUGAAAUUUGUGGCACAGUAUGGCGACGAAAGCGUGAUCAAUAGCGACGCGGCGGAGACGUACUACUACCUGGAUUGCUGCAUGUACACGAUCGACAAUUUGAUUGGGCCAGAUGUUCGGUUGGCGAAAGACAUGAUUCCUAUGUUUGCGGUAUUGCUGGGCAACGAUUACAUUGAGCGGAAGGUCCUUGCACCGUUCUAUAGCACGAUAAGCAUUGGACGCGCGAACCGUGCGACGAGCAAACAAUACAAACGGAUAAAGAUAAUUUUGAAGUGGCUUCAAAAUCACACGAUUCAGUCGGCUACCCGAACCAUUCUCAGCCAUGUGCGGCAGGAAAGGAAAAGGCACGUGUACAGACAAAUUCUGACGGCGAUGCGUGGCUACAAUUGUGAGGAUUGCGUUUCGUUUCGAUAUUUUGGCUUUACCGAUACCGUGUUGGAAGAUGAAGAAAUUGAAAGACACAUUCAGGAUGUUUUGGAAUCGGAUGAUGACGACAACGAUACAGAUGCUCUGGCUGGCGAAAAUGAAUUCCUUGAUGAGGAGGAAGAAGCGGAAGCAUCGAUAAACGAAGAGGAAGAAGGAUCGGAUGAUUCUGGAACUGAACCAGAGGAGGAAAUUGAUAGCUGUGACAAUGAAAAUGAAGUCGAAAACAUUGAAGAUCGCCAAGCGAACGCACAGCAAAGUUCUGCAACGGACGAGCAGGACACGAAUGACGAAGAUUUGAAAAGAAUGGUAUCAUUUCGUAACAAGUACACCGAUCACGGUUGGCCAGAAUGGUUUAGAGAGCUGUAUGGUGGUGCAAAAGUGCCUCGAUUUUUAGCAGACCUGUUGCAUUCGAAUGUGUACAUCCACUACCCACAGGUGGAAGAUAUUACCAAACCGGACAGUAACACAAUCAGUUAUCCGAUUUUAAGGACAAUUUUUGCUCUUCUGAAGAGCUCAUGUAGUCGGCCGGUGGAUGCCUUUAAGUAUGUUUCAAGGAGGGUAAAGGUGCCUGGUUUGCUCUACGUUACGUUCAAAGACGUCAAACUUCCUGACGGAGUUCGGUUCGAUCCGGCAUCGGCGAGUAAUAUCGGCGUUUUAGAGGAACUGUUUAAAGACUCUAAGAUCGACGCGUGGCACGAUCUGUUUCAAUCGAUCCUGAUCCUACCAGACAACUUGCAGCUUUAUUUCCUCAUCAUCAUCUACUGGGCGACAAACUGCAAGGAUGCUAACGUGGCGCACGUGCUGGCAUUGAUCGUGUGCAUUUUGCAGCUGCAAAUUAUCGAUCCAUCGUUGAAGAGUAAAAACCGGGACGUGAAAUUAUUUCAAACACAGCAUAAGGCCUAUCUGGAAGAGCAGCGGAAAGCACUUAAAAUGGUUAAAGUUGGCAAAAGCAAGGAGGACGAUCAAACGGAAGAAUUUAACCGAAAAUUUUACAACCAGCUAAGUAGCACCACCUCCCGUUCGGAACUGAUGCUUGCGUACGAGCUGCUCAUCGGGCACUUUACACCGAACGAAAAACUGAAUCGCAAACACACAUCCAUCGAUCGGGAAAUUGUGCACACGUUGGCCGAGUUUCAGUCGGUGUGCCAUCACUUUUCUGCCCUGGUUCCACUGCUCGGCUAUCCGUUUGCGAACAUUCGCAUGCAUGAACUGUACAACAGCAUGUUCGUAUACAACCUGUACGAUACCAUGAAGUCCCGGGCGAACCCCAUCGAGUACGCCUGCACUACUUUCUUCCGAUCGUCGGCCAAGCUGCAGUCCGCGCUUCAACGGAUGUGCAAGUUUGUAGAGAAAUAUGUUCCGGACUUGCAAGAAAGAAGGCGCACGGUGAGAGGUAAAGCAAAAGUGGCAGGAAAAAAGAAGACCACCGUGGUUGAUAGUAAACCUGUGAAGCAGAAAAGUACUCCGACUAGGAAGCCAGGCAAACCGGACCCUGUAGGUCAGGAGAGCACGAGUGAAAGCGAUAAUGAUGGUUUUAUUGACAUGAAUAAUAAAUUCAGCCAACUUUUGUUGGCUUCUUAGUACGGUUUGCAAUUAAAUUUAGAUUUAUAAAGUAAAGAUAUGUUGUAAAGAGAUAUAUUUUCGUUAAAAGUACUUUUAGUUUUGAAUAAAAUUUGUUAAU